CGGUCACCGGCGAGGCAGCCUGCGUGGGAUGCUCACCUUACCUCGCCUUGCACUGCCUCUGUGUCGCUUCUUCUUCUUCUUCUUCCGGACCACCUUAAGCACUUUACCCGGCGGCGGGGGCAAAGCGGCCUCCAAGUGUCAGAUGACCGAGGCCAGGGGCGCAGGCCUGUUCCCCGCAACGCCGGUGAGACUUUGCCUUCGGUCUUCACCACGGCGUGCUAAGGCGCCGGUCUGGGGCAACCACUUCCACCGAGCUGACCGAAGUGGAAUGGGAUACUUAUACAAGGACUCAAGUGUGUGGUUCUCGUCUAGUUCUUCCCCCUCUCUUGCUCCUGUCAACUACGAUCUCUGCAUCUUCACACGCAAGCUCAGUGGUCGCAUCCCACAUCUCGCAGCAGCCGUCACACAUUACCACGACUUCCUCUGCACGCAAUCAUAGACUAGACUCAACAUGGCACCCACCGCACUCGUCGACUCUUACCCACCCGUCAGCCACGACUUCAAUGCUGGCGACUUGACUCCUAUCCAGAGCAAGAAGUUGCCCUCUGCUGCCCCCCUCUCGCCCAAUGCUGGCGCAGAGAUGGAUGCAGUCAGCGAUGCCGUCGACACGAUCAAUGCCUAUCUCGGCGAGCACCCUGACGCUCCUCGCCCAAAGAAUGUCGAAGAGGCAGAGGACGACUCGUGGAAGACUUCUGGUUCCAAAUUCGAUGCUGAAAAGGACAAGGAUCAAUUCCGAAACUAUGAAGAUGCAAUGGACUCGGUCAAGAACUUCUAUGCCGAGCAACACGCACGUCAGACUGUCGAGUACAAUAUUGCCAUGAGGGAAAAGUAUCUGGGCAAGGACAGAGAGGUCAAUGCACGCAUGACCAUCUGGGAGGCCAUUGACAAGCUCGAUGAACUCGUCGAUGAGUCCGACCCGGACACUUCCCUCACUCAAAGCCAACAUCUCCUGCAGACUGCCGAGGCAAUGAGGCGCGACGGCAAGCCUGACUGGAUGCAACUCACCGGUCUCCUUCACGACUUGGGCAAGCUCCUCGUCUUCUUCGGUGCAAAGGGACAAUGGGACGUCGUCGGCGACACAUUCGUCGUUGGUGCUGCCUUUGCUCCUGAAAACGUCUACCCCUCUACCUUUGAGCAAAACCCCGACUCGGUCGAUCCCCAGUACAAUACUGAGCUGGGAAUGUACGAGCGCGGUUGUGGACUAGAAAAGGUGAUGCUCUCGUGGGGUCACGAUGAGUACAUGUAUCACAUCCUCAAGAGUCAGAGCACUAUUCCAAAGGCAGGACUGGACAUGGUACGCUACCACUCCUUCUACCCAUGGCACCGUGGAGGCGCCUACCGACAAUUCCACAAGGCUGACGGAUCGGAUGAGGACGCUCUACAGGCUACAUUGGCCUUCAAUGCUUAUGAUCUGUACUCGAAGAGCGAUGAGCCACCUCAGAUGGAGGAGCUAAGGGACUACUACAGUGCACUCAUCGACAAGUACGUUCCUGGGGUCAUUGAGUGGUAGAGAGUAGAAGCAAAAGACCAGUUUCGUAGCAUCAUCGUUCCGUGAUCCCUCUUCUCCAUAUUUUCUUUACUUCUGUAUCGUCACGCUCCCUCGUUUCGUGAUAUGCCCUCUGACUCCUUGGCCCUUGAUUCGUUCGUCCCUGUACUUAGUUCUUUCAUCCUUAUACCUCCGGCUACAUUCGUAUCUGUUCCGACGUCU